ACGUAGAAUAGACAGAUGUGUUCACGGCCACGAUGGGCGAUGAUUCUUUGAUAUUACGAGAAGAUGGUUAUAUACGUAUGAACUUUCCUGUUACUUCUUUAACGUAUCACAGUAACUUGAACAUAAUUUUGGUGAAGACUGAUGUUGGUGGUGUACACGUUUUGGAUGUCAAUUCUGGUGUGAUUCUUCAGUCGUCCUGCCUAUCAGCGGAUGAUGGGGGUACGCUCGGAGUGGAGUACGCGUCGGGGGCUGACAGGGUGUUCGUGUGGGACAGCAGUGGCGUGGGAGCCCGGACGGAUUACAAUGGUGUCCUGCUUCUGCACACGGCGCUCCAGCGGCCGCUCCCGUCUUCGCAGCCGGAUAAAAUAAUAAGAAUUGAACUUGUGCUCUCUGAGGCUGUCCUGCUGUACCAGUGCCUGCAGAGUCUGGACGUGCACUCCAUCGAGGGACUAUCCGAUUUCAUCAAUGAGCUCAAGAACUCCAUUGAUGCCGAACCAGCGAGGAAGGGAGUUAAAGCGCAAAAGUGGAGCACGGUCACCAUAUGCCUGCCCCAGUCCACACUCCGACUGGUCACCACCGGAGUAGUCCAAGAGCUCAAAGGCCAGAACCGGAGGAUCCCUGCCCUGGCCAUCGCUUCUGCUGUGGGGCAACGGGCCAAUGAGCUGAUGCCAUGCUCCAGGGACGAGGAGUCGAGGGCACUGAUGUACUCUGAAGCUGAGCGGAAGGAGACCUUUAAGCGGUGGCCGCAUAUGGAUUAUAAAUGGGCGCUCCCCGCGCGCAUGGCGCAGGCUGGGUUCUACCACCAACCCUCGCCCAGUGGGGACGACCGCGCCAUGUGCUUCACGUGCAUGGUGUGCCUCGUGUGCUGGGAGAAGUCCGACGAGCCCUGGGUCGAGCACGAGCGGCACUCGCCCAACUGCCCCUUCGUUCGCGGCGAGUACACGCACAACGUGCCCAUAUCGGUAACAAAUGCCACAGCGUGCGCGGUGCCCAGUCCAAACGUGACCAUAGUCUCCAAAGGCAACACAGGCGAGCUUAUAGCCACCGGUUCUGCAGAAGGCAAAGUCAACAUCUGGAAGUUUGACUGUGGUCUCAAGCUGGUCAAGUUCAUACACCUCUCGCCGUAUGACUCCAUCUUCAGUGGGAUACUGUCAACGGACUGCAAUAAGGUGUGGUCGGCCAGCCUGGAGAAGGAUUCCUCAACCUACAGCCUGGAACUUACAGCGAUGGCCUUCGUCGGCAUGACGUCACAGCAAGAAACAUACCCACAAGCACAAAACACAGAAACAGGCGUAGGCGAAAAAGAGACCAGCAACAACAAGACCAAGCCCUCACUCAUCUGCGCUGUCACCAUCACUAGGACAAACAAUAUCCCCUCGGACCAACCUAUUAAAGAAGAGGAUUCCAGCAAAGCACUCUUCGACUCAGGCGCUCCAGAUAAAUUUAAAGAGAGCGUCCAAGCUAUGAACGACCAGAACGAAGCAAAGAGCAACCUCUCACCUAUAAACAAAAUGCUCUUCCUACUCACAUAUGAUAUACACAGCUCUUUAGCAGGUUCUAUAACAACGGUCGUUCACACAUCCAACAGCAGCGGGAACUCCAAACCGGGAGUCAGCAAGAAAGUAUGCACAGUAGCUCGAACAGACGACGCGAACAUAUACGACGAAAUAUACUUCCAAUAUUCUGACGAGGACACGGAGCUUCCCCAGUGUACUAGUCUGUUAGACGAGCAGAUCAGCAAUGUGAUCAAUCUUAACGCUUCUUCUAGUAAGGAGGACUCGAAAAUGUGGGAACCGAAGAAAAUCUUUCUAACAAAGCAUUACAAGCUGUUACCACCGCCGCCACCUACUGUCUUACUACCGGAAUUACCUGAGUCUGGACAGGGUAGCAUGCUAGACUUUGUAGGAAAAAUAUCGCAAUUGAAAAGUUGGAAAAGUGGUAACUUGGACUCUGUUGGGACUAAGUUAGCUGAUCAGACGGACGCGGUCUUACAACAAGCAGAUCCCAUCACACAUUACCUCAAUAUGAAUGGGCCUUUAGAAAUCUCAGACCUCAAGUGGUAUGAAGGCGGAGAGGGUACAGAAAAGAUUAAAGUUACCACAUUUGGUGGCAGCAAAGUCGGCACUCAGACCGCAGUGAGCAAUAGCAAUAAUGACGGCUUCGAUAGCGAUCCUCCGCAAGAGGAGGUCGUCUCACAAGGCAUCGCCGUCCAGUGCCUAAGUCUUCCAGGUUUCAAGCUCAACCUUAGAGAUGACUCCAAAGUCACACAUUUAUUCCCAACAGAAGACAAGGAACAUUUACUAGUAGUUAUCUCAAGCAUUGAUCCAGAAAAGGUCAGAGUAGAAGAGGACACUGACAACGAUGGCGACACGAAAAUGGACGUCGAUGACGUCACAGAGCAACCGGACAAGGCAGACGACAAGUCUGAUGUGAAAGCGUACUUCAUUCUGUUUAAAAUCAACAGCAAUACUUCAAUUUUCACUCUAGAAGACAAUCCUGUAAAUAUGAUGGAGCUGCCUUACGGAGAAAGUCCUGUAGACCUAUGCUUGCUGCCUGUUGACAAGCACGAGCAGUACUCGUUCGCCGCUGUAGGCGUAGACGGUAGCCUUAGACUGUAUUCUCUACCUUCCUUCAAAAUGCUCUCAGAGAAGCAAGCUCCUAAAGGCCAGUUCACAUCAGUAGCGUACUGCGCAUCAGUGGAACGAUUAAGCGUGUCAACGAAGCACGGAAUGAUAUACUUCUACGCACUGAAUAACGGUGAGAAGGAUUCGACUGGCGAUAUCGACGAAGACGAGUUCGCUAACAUAGACUUUGAGAUGCUGCAUAGAACGCCGAGAGAAACCGUAGGGGCCACUCCCGCGCCUGUUAUGUUAGCCAACAAGACUGAACUGGAUAUGAGUGAUCUAGAAACUAUGACGACUUUGAUAGGGUCUUUCGGUCAUACGAACACUACGGUUCCUUACAGCGCAGUGGUCCCAGGUUUCUGGUGUGAGUUGUCGCCGGCGCAGCGCUCCCGCUCCGACCACCAGAACAACCGGACUUGGCGCUUGCAAAACACAUCUUCCACUUGGGAUGAACACGUUUUAGAGCUCACCUUACCUUAUAGCGUCUCUCUAGCUCAUAUAGAAUUCGGAUUCACACUACACUCUUCCUGUUCAGCAAAUCUACCUAUAAUCCAAGUGACGCUUUUGAAACAGAACUUGCACGGGAUUGGCUAUAAGAAAGACGCUUCUUUCGGCCACCGAUCUGAUUCGCCGGUAUUUUUCCCGACAGUUGACGCGGUUGAGUCGAAUUUAGAGAAUCCAGUGAACAGCGAAGAGUACUUGCAAGCGCAUAACGCUGAAAUCCUCGCGGGCCCGCUAUUACUUUCCUCUGGCUUGGACUUGACUGGGCAAUCUGGUACUUUAAUACUGACCAGUCCGAGAUUAUACAGGGCUCGUGGCAGAACGUUUUUGAUUCAUAUAAAAACCUUAUUCGACCCAGCGAAAGACAUGAGCAAAGGCUCUAUAAAAUCUGGAGAAAGUAGCUCUAAAAAGUCGAGCUUUAUCGGUUGCGAUUGGUUACACCAAAUCUCGCUAACGGUACGUUCCAGUCCUCAUACUGACGUACCUUUGGAGCGCCAACAACGCAUAGCAAUGCUCGAGUCAAAUAGCUUCUUAGACACAUUAUGCGAGAUAGCGGUAAGCAAGGAUGACAGUGAGAAGCGGAAGUCGGCUUUAGACAUACUCAUUUGGGUGAUCUCAAUAAGACUACAGAGACUCAGAUUAGCCAAAACUGAUAAAGGCAAAGACAAAGAUGCUCAGACGCCCGUGGAGAUUCAGCAGAUGGAAUGUGUGAAGAUUAUUGAGAAACACACUGAUGCUUUGAUCAAGAACUGUAUUUUGUGCGGAAAUAGGAGCUUUGCUAAGAAGUGUGUGAAGAUCAUCCUUAUUACCAGCGAGGGUGUAAAACAGCUGCCGAAACCAUGGAAGUCAACAUUCGACGCAACACUAACAACGACCCUAAGCGCUUGCUUACCCUACGUCGGAGCUUGCGAAUCGCCAGGAGCUCUCCGCUGGCUUGUAGCGUUGGCACAACACGCAACACAACGCGGCGCGGCGGCUGACUUAGUGACUAAGUGCCUAGCGAUACUUGAGAAGACAGCUCGAUGCCUCGCAGAGCGUGGAGAUGACUACCACCACUUACUUAGAGCUAGAUUCGGGCUGUACGGGCUGCCGCUCGAGCGCACCGUUUUCGCCGCGGAAACCCCCGAACUCGGCAAAGGUUCCUCCACACCCGUCACUUACGCGAGCGUACUAUCUGGCGACACCUCCGCGCCCGCCGCCGCCAAACCCGACUACCAGCUCAAGGACCUGCUCAACCUGCCCCAGGAUAUGGAAACAAAAUCCACACCCACGCCCCAAGCCUGGUGGGCGCAAAACAACGGUGUCGGCGUAUUCGGAGCCGGCCUCAGCGAAGCCAUGCCUCUACACGUGAGCUGCCACUCGGCCUCAGACGGGACCAAGCUGGAGUCCACGGGAGGCCGACACCAUCCCGCUGUGGUGUCAACAUUGCCUGGCGACCCGAACCAGCUAUGGAGCGUCGUAAAGGAAGGCCAGAUGAAGCAGAUGUCGCAAGACCCAGACUCUCUGGAGGACGUUGAAAGUUCCCUCAUGGAAUGCGAUCCGCAGGAGAAACUUGAUUUUACUGAGGAGAAGUUCUUCCAGGAACAAGAGCAAUGCGGUAUACCAUGGGCGCAACUAGUAACCCGGGUGCCGCAACACACCCUGGUGGUUGAGCGCAUGCACAGCGGCGCCCGGCGGUACAUCGUGCUAGACUUGGGCCACGCGGUGCGGCUUACAGAUGUGAUAAUCCCAUCGUGUUCGGACCUGGUAACUCUGUGCAUUGACAUCUGGGUGUGCAGCGAAGAGACUGACUUUGUAAAGUUGGCGUUUGCCACCGACAUAGCUACUAAGCAUCUAGUGCUCACUGAUAUACAACCGCCCCCGCUAUGUCGGUAUAUUAAGAUUACGACGAUAGGCCGGUACGGCAUGUCAGCAAUGAAGUGUAAGAUCCCACUGGGCUGGUUCUACGGGGAGGUGGCAGAGAUCGCAAACGUUAACGCGUCCAUUAACUCUUUGAAUGCGCUGCACCAAGAUUUGACGUGUCGAUUUAGGCUAGCAACCGGCAAACUAAUGGACCUCCUGAACCCCUACUUGGAACUAUACAACGGCAACGCAGCCCACAUGAUGGCGUACCUGAACCUACCCAACGAAUCCGACCCGAAAGUCCUCACCGCCUACCAGGAGUGCAUAGAACUACAGCAGCAACUACACACGUGCACAAACAUCGUCAAACGGCUACAGAACAACUCGGAGUUUAAUGAGAGUGUUCUAGAUCAGAUUAAUAAGGGGCAAGUCACACCGGAGGCGUUGCUGGAGAGAGCGUCCACGGAUAAACUGAGAGUUAUUAGCGAGAACAUUGUUGAUACGCUGCUGUAUUUCUUCUUCCAAGUCGAUAAUGUGCAACACCAAGAAGUGAGCCUGGAAUGGUGUCAAGUGGUAUCCGGCUUACUAUGGGAGUGGGGCGGGCGAGGAGCGGCUGCCUUAGCCACUUUGCUGGCCAGACUAUGUGGUGGUCAAGACUGGUGGGGUACACACUUGGCCGAUACGCUUACUACUGCGUUUUCCGCUGCCGACGCUCCGCCAGCAGCCCUAGACAGAUGUCUGGUGCUCAUCAUGUACAUGGCGCGCAAGUCUCUCUUCGCGCACUCGGACCCAGAAGGCGGUGUGGCGGCCGCCUUGGCCGCUCGGGCCUUAGCGCUGUUGCGCGCACCGCGGCCGCAGCCCGCGGUUACUGCUGCCGUGCUGACCGCGCUAGCGGCUGCCCUGGACAGUCAGCCCGCCGUGUCCAACAAGCAUGCCAGCCGCUGGGAAUGGGUAACAGGCGGGCGGCCAGGGGCGACUGGCGCUGAACCCGCGCCUUCGCCGCGAGCCGCUGAAUGCAAGCUGCAUCGCCGGAAACUGCACAAGAAGCUCCUGCAUCAAAUGCAGGAGUUUGAGGCCGCCAGGCGCGGCAUACAGAUGUUGGAGGAGCAACAGCGCGUCCGAUUCAAUCUAAAAGCGCGCAUGGCGAUGGUUGGUAAGCGCAGCAACUCCGAAGGCGAGUCGUCCAGCGCGGCGCCGCGCGUCAAGCACACCGUGGUGUCGCCGGCGCUCUGUGCGCUGCUGGCCCAGGCGCUCGUGCAGCACAUGCUGGCCAUGGACAGCGCCGGCUCCGCGGACACGCUGCUGCUCUGCGCCAAGGUGGUCGGGCGACUGUGCGCGCUGUGCGGCGGUGCGGUGCUAGAGCCGUCGUGCGUGCUGGGGCUCGCGCGGCUCGCUGUCACGCUGCCGCCCUGGCCCAGGCACGCGCUCACCACGCUACUGCAGGACCUAGUAGAAUACGAAAAUGGCUCAGCCUGCUCGAGCCCCACAAACGAGGUAGAAGAAACAUGGCGCCUGAUGGAAGUUCGAGACGCUGCCCAAGACCGCGUGGAGAUUCGCAACGCAGUUCCUACGACCGGCGGCAAGGCGCCGCGGAAGUACCACCACGGCGUCACUGUAGCAGACGUGUUGGCGGAUAGUUUUGGUCUGCCAAAAACUAAAACUGAACCAUUCGGCGCCAUGAAACCUAAACAAAUAAUCAAAUCCCCCAGUUUGUCUUCACCAAAUUCAAUAAAAAGCAUAGACAUGGACCAAUUACCUCAAGUAGUAGAAUCAGAUGAUUCAGAGUCGGAGAAUCAGCUGGAACAGGAAUUCAGAGAGGCGAUGAGGAAGGAAACACGAAGUAAGCCGGCUCCGGACAAUAACACUAGCAACAUCUCGUGCUGCAUGGACGCGCGGCUGGAGAGCGGGCUGGGCGGCGGGCUGGGCGACGGGCUGGCGGGCGAGGCGCUGGCGCGGCGCGUGCUGCUGGCGGGCGGCGCCGCGCUGGCCGCCGCCGUGCGCGCGCCGCCCGUGCACGCCGCGCGCCAGGACCCGCUCCCCCACCACCCGCCGCGCCCGCACCCGCACCCGCCGCUGCACCACACGCUCUACGACGUCUUCCGGCAUCUCGCGCUCGAGUUCCACUACCAGAUGGACUGCACAUUCCUGGAAAACGUAGUCUCACUAUGGUUAACCCUCAACGGCUCCGUCUGGGGCAGUGGCGGCGCGUGGUCGCUCAACACGCUUUGCGUGCCGGCCGACACGCCGCGCAUCCGCCUCGCGUCUGACACCGUCAACGCGCUGCUAUUAUCGCUCACGCAAUUGGAAAACAUUUCUCUGAGAUGUUGGGUGCUGUCAAUGCAGGCUUUAGCGUGGAUCGCAUCCUUGCCGUUACAAACGGAAGGCAGCAACCAGACCAUGGGCCGUGUUAUCCACGAGUGCGAGCAUUUCGUACCAGCUAUAGUGAAAUUCAUCACCACCAAUGUGACCACAGACGGAGCUGUGGCUACCGCUGAACCUUAUCUUGGUGGUGCACACAUCGGCGCCGGCGCGGGUGCGGCGGCGGCGCUGCACGCCGUCCUCUCCCGCGUGGUUUGCCCGCGCGGAGCCGCCGGCGCGCUGGCCGCGCUGCGCUGCGUCUGCGCCGUAUGGCGUCGUGACGCCCCACCCACCGCUGCCUACGACCUACAAGCGACGUUACUGAGAGUAGCUCACCCGAUGCUACAAGUGCUUAGCCCGAGGCACGCGGCGCACGCGGUCAAACUGUUCGAUGCUGUCGCUCACCACUCCCUGGGCUGGGUGCGCGAGACGGGCGGCGGGCGCGGCGAGGCGGGGUCGGAGGCGCGGCUGUCGGGGCUACUGGCCGACGUGCUGGGCGGCGGCGGCGCCACCGCCGUGCGCCGCGCGCCGCUGCGCCGCGCCGUGCUCCAGCAGCUGCUGCACUACUGCAGGAAGCUGCUGCACGCGUCCGCGCAGCCCGCCGCCUCACAGCCCAACACGGUAUGUCAUUACUUCACUGGCUCCACUGACACCGCCACUGGCCGACGUGCUGGGCGGCGGCGGCGCCACCGCCGUGCGCCGCGCGCCGCUGCGCCGCGCCGUGCUCCAGCAGCUGCUGCACUACUGCAGGAAGCUGCUGCACGCGUCCGCGCAGCCCGCCGCCUCACAGCCCAACACGGAAGCUGCUGCACGCGUCCGCGCAGCCCGCCGCCUCACAGCCCAACACGGUAUGUCAUUACUUCACUGGCUCCACUGACACCGCCACUGGCCGACGUGCUGGGCGGCGGCGGCGCCACCGCCGUGCGCCGCGCGCCGCUGCGCCGCGCCGUGCUCCAGCAGCUGCUGCACUACUGCAGGAAGCUGCUGCACGCGUCCGCGCAGCCCGCCGCCUCACAGCCCAACACGGUAUGUCAUUACUUCACUGGCUCCACUGACACCGCCACUGGCCGACGUGCUGGGCGGCGGCGGCGCCACCGCCGUGCGCCGCGCGCCGCUGCGCCGCGCCGUGCUCCAGCAGCUGCUGCACUACUGCAGGAAGCUGCUGCACGCGUCCGCGCAGCCCGCCGCCUCACAGCCCAACACGGAAGCUGCUGCACGCGUCCGCGCAGCCCGCCGCCUCACAGCCCAACACGGUAUGUCAUUACUUCACUGGCUCCACUGACACCGCCACUGGCCGACGUGCUGGGCGGCGGCGGCGCCACCGCCGUGCGCCGCGCGCCGCUGCGCCGCGCCGUGCUCCAGCAGCUGCUGCACUACUGCAGGAAGCUGCUGCACGCGUCCGCGCAGCCCGCCGCCUCACAGCCCAACACGGUAUGUCAUUACUUCACUGGCUCCACUGACACCGCCACUGGCCGACGUGCUGGGCGGCGGCGGCGCCACCGCCGUGCGCCGCGCGCCGCUGCGCCGCGCCGUGCUCCAGCAGCUGCUGCACUACUGCAGGAAGCUGCUGCACGCGUCCGCGCAGCCCGCCGCCUCACAGCCCAACACGGAAGCUGCUGCACGCGUCCGCGCAGCCCGCCGCCUCACAGCCCAACACGGUAUGUCAUUACUUCACUGGCUCCACUGACACCGCCACUGGCCGACGUGCUGGGCGGCGGCGGCGCCACCGCCGUGCGCCGCGCGCCGCUGCGCCGCGCCGUGCUCCAGCAGCUGCUGCACUACUGCAGGAAGCUGCUGCACGCGUCCGCGCAGCCCGCCGCCUCACAGCCCAACACGGUAUGUCAUUACUUCACUGGCUCCACUGACACCGCCACUGGCCGACGUGCUGGGCGGCGGCGGCGCCACCGCCGUGCGCCGCGCGCCGCUGCGCCGCGCCGUGCUCCAGCAGCUGCUGCACUACUGCAGGAAGCUGCUGCACGCGUCCGCGCAGCCCGCCGCCUCACAGCCCAACACGGAAGCUGCUGCACGCGUCCGCGCAGCCCGCCGCCUCACAGCCCAACACGGUAUGUCAUUACUUCACUGGCUCCACUGACACCGCCACUGGCCGACGUGCUGGGCGGCGGCGGCGCCACCGCCGUGCGCCGCGCGCCGCUGCGCCGCGCCGUGCUCCAGCAGCUGCUGCACUACUGCAGGAAGCUGCUGCACGCGUCCGCGCAGCCCGCCGCCUCACAGCCCAACACGGUAUGUCAUUACUUCACUGGCUCCACUGACACCGCCACUGGCCGACGAAGCUGCUGCACGCGUCCGCGCAGCCCGCCGCCUCACAGCCCAACACGGUAUGUCAUUACUUCACUGGCUCCACUGACACCGCCACUGGCCGACGUGCUGGGCGGCGGCGGCGCCACCGCCGUGCGCCGCGCGCCGCUGCGCCGCGCCGUGCUCCAGCAGCUGCUGCACUACUGCAGGAAGCUGCUGCACGCGUCCGCGCAGCCCGCCGCCUCACAGCCCAACACGGUAUGUCAUUACUUCACUGGCUCCACUGACACCGCCACUGGCCGACGUGCUGGGCGGCGGCGGCGCCACCGCCGUGCGCCGCGCGCCGCUGCGCCGCGCCGUGCUCCAGCAGCUGCUGCACUACUGCAGGAAGCUGCUGCACGCGUCCGCGCAGCCCGCCGCCUCACAGCCCAACACGGAAGCUGCUGCACGCGUCCGCGCAGCCCGCCGCCUCACAGCCCAACACGGUAUGUCAUUACUUCACUGGCUCCACUGACACCGCCACUGGCCGACGUGCUGGGCGGCGGCGGCGCCACCGCCGUGCGCCGCGCGCCGCUGCGCCGCGCCGUGCUCCAGCAGCUGCUGCACUACUGCAGGAAGCUGCUGCACGCGUCCGCGCAGCCCGCCGCCUCACAGCCCAACACGCCGCCGUGCGCCGCGCGCCGCUGCGCCGCGCCGUGCUCCAGCAGCUGCUGCACUACUGCAGGAAGCUGCUGCACGCGUCCGCGCAGCCCGCCGCCUCACAGCCCAACACGGUAUGUCAUUACUUCACUGGCUCCACUGACACCGCCACUGGCCGACGUGCUGGGCGGCGGCGGCGCCACCGCCGUGCGCCGCGCGCCGCUGCGCCGCGCCGUGCUCCAGCAGCUGCUGCACUACUGCAGGAAGCUGCUGCACGCGUCCGCGCAGCCCGCCGCCUCACAGCCCAACACGUCUGCCUCGAGUCCAGGCGUGGCCGGAGGCAGCGGCAGCUCCAGCAGUGGCGAGGGCUCCUCCCAGUCACAAACUGACGAAAGCAAACAGCAAGCGCAGGAUACUACCAAUCUCGAGGACGAGAGGAAACAGCAAGCGCCGAGAGCACCUUGCGUCGCUGAUACAGUGCUGCAACACCACGCAAUCAUGCAGAGGUUCUACAGGACCUUAUCCAUUUGCGACGGCAUGAACACGACAGUGCUCAAUUCAGGCAUGAACUCUGAGCCUUCCGGCGAAUACGCGUCGUUGAAGGAGGAGGUGUUCUGGCUGGUCGCGCACAUGGCCAGCGUGGCUUCCAAUCCUGCCGCCAUGCUGCCCAGCUUAAUGGACUUCCUGAGAAAAGAAGAAGUUGUCCACCUAUCCCAAGCAAUGCAGCAACUAAUAAUCCGACUGCUCGACAAGCCCGAAGCCCUAAACGCCUUCAUAGAAGCCGGAGGGCUAGAGCUAGCCGUCGAGAAACUAACUCAGUGCCACCAAGCGGGCCCCAGCGCUAACCAGGGACUCGUGUCAUCACUAAUGAACUACCUGAAGUUACCACCGCAACUUAUCAAUAUGUCCACGUCAUCUAAUAAUGGGAAUAAGAAGAAUCAACUACCGGUGUUGGAGACGACAAAUGGGCUUAUCAACAUCGCGCCUUUAUGUACUGUGUCCUGCGGGAACCCAACAGCACAGGCCGCUGAUGUCCUUCUCAGCGGCGGCGGCGCCGCGCAUGCAGGCGGCUCUUGUGCCGCUCGCCGCGUCCGCGCCGCAGCGUGGUCCUACCACUUCUUCAGCGCUGACGAUUCUUCUUUGGCACUCACACUUCAACUGCCGUACGCUGCUCAACUGCAUGAGCUUCAGCUCCAUCCACAUCUCACAAGCCUAGCAACAUGCCCAGGCGCCGUGGCAGUUGAAGCCGGCUGCGGCGGCACGCUAGCCCCUCUUGGGCCUCCCCAGAACACCGCCGGCAUGACUUUCAUCCGCCUCGUAGUCGCGAGACCCAUCGUCUGCACGACUGUGCAAGUGCGGCUAUAUAAGCCAAGAGAUAGCUCCAAUAUGGGGCUGUUGCAACUGAGAUUAUUGGCUCAGCCUGCGUUCGCUGCUCCCGCCUCGCCGCAUUCACUUCCACACACCAAUAACUGGGCGCAAGUGGUAGCCACGUGCACCCGCGCGCGGCUGGCGGCCGGGCGCUGGGCGUGCGUGACGGGCGGCGGCUGCGUGGCGGCGCUGACGGGCGCGCUGGCGGGCGGCGGCGGCGCGGCCGCGCACGCGCACCACGCGCUGCUGGCCGCCGCCAAGGCCUGUCCGCAGCUGCGCGCGCCGCUGCUCGCCGCGCUGCUCAACAUGGACGAGCAGGCGCACGCGCAAGCGUUCCAGCCACCAUCGGGCGGGCGCACCAACAACAGUAUGAACGCGAUCUGCUCGCUAGCUCGACAGCUGUGCCGCUGGUGCUCGGACGGGUCCGUGCAGGCCUACGUGCGCUGGCUGGGCGCCGCCGCCGAGCUGUGGCUGCGCGAGCGUCGCCUGCCGCCCGCCGCCACCGUGCACACACUCGCCAGCGUGUUAUGGACGCUAAAAGAAGAAAGGAUCAUGGAGAAUUUAGAGGAAUUAAUCACAGAUGACCUGUUCGAGCUUAUUUACACUUGGGUCAAAGAUGUGCCUGAAAAUAGUCUUAUAAAGAAGUCUUUAGAUGCCGUAUUGUGUUCAAUGUGCUACAUCCGACCGGAACUAUUUAGAAUGUUGUUGGAACAGAUGGAUAUUCCUGUAGACAACGACGAAAGCAUGGAGGGUCUAACCGACGACACCAAAGUCCACGGCGGCGCGGCGCCCCUCUGGCGUGGCGGCUGCAGGGCUGGCAGCUGCGCACGGCCGCCGCGUGCGCCAUGUCGCCCGCCGCCACCACGCUGCUGCUCGGCUCCGCGCUGCCCGCCCGCGCCGUGCGCGCGCUCGCCGCCGCCGCCGCCACCAGGCUGGCCGGCAUACAGCAGCCGCUCGAGCCCGACCAGACCCCGCAGAGAGAAGGUCAGUUCCUUGACGUUGGGCUACAGGGCUGCGUGCGCCGUGUCGCCCGCCGCCACCACGCUGCUGCUCGGCUCCGCGCUGCCCGCCCGCGCCGUGCGCGCGCUCGCCGCCGCCGCCGCCACCAGGCUGGCCGGCAUACAGCAGCCGCCCGAGCCCGACCAGACCCCGCAGAGAGAAGGGCUGCGUGCGCCGUGUCGCCCGCCGCCACCACGCUGCUGCUCGGCUCCGCGCUGCCCGCCCGCGCCGUGCGCGCGCUCGCCGCCGCCGCCGCCACCAGGCUGGCCGGCAUACAGCAGCCGCCCGAGCCCGACCAGACCCCGCAGAGAGAAGGUCAGUUCCUUGACGUUGGGCUACAGGGCUGCGUGCGCCGUGUCGCCCGCCGCCACCACGCUGCUGCUCGGCUCCGCGCUGCCCGCCCGCGCCGUGCGCGCGCUCGCCGCCGCCGCCGCCACCAGGCUGGCCGGCAUACAGCAGCCGCCCGAGCCCGACCAGACCCCGCAGAGAGAAGGUCAGUUCCUUGACGUUGGGCUACAGGGCUGCGUGCGCCGUGUCGCCCGCCGCCACCACGCUGCUGCUCGGCUCCGCGCUGCCCGCCGCGCGCCGUGCGCGCGCUCGCCGCCGCCGCCGCCACCAGGCUGGCCGGCAUACAGCAGCCGCCCGAGCCCGACCAGACCCCGCAGAGAGAAGGUCAGUUCCUUGACGUUGGGCUACAGGGCUGCGUGCGCCGUGUCGCCCGCCGCCACCACGCUGCUGCUCGGCUCCGCGCUGCCCGCCGCGCCGUGCGCGCGCUCGCCGCCGCCGCCGCCACCAGGCUGGCCGGCAUACAGCAGCCGCCCGAGCCCGACCAGACCCCGCAGAGAGAAGGUCAGUUCCUUGACGUUGGGCUACAGGGCUGCGUGCGCCGUGUCGCCCGCCGCCACCACGCUGCUGCUCGGCUCCGCGCUGCCCGCCCGCGCCGUGCGCGCGCUCGCCGCCGCCGCCGCCACCAGGCUGGCCGGCAUACAGCAGCCGCCCGAUUGGGCUACAGGGCUGCGUGCGCCGUGUCGCCCGCCGCCACCACGCUGCUGCUCGGCUCCGCGCUGCCCGCCCGCGCCGUGCGCGCGCUCGCCGCCGCCGCCGCCACCAGGCUGGCCGGCAUACAGCAGCCGCCCGAGCCCGACCAGACCCCGCAGAGAGAAGGUCAGUUCCUUGACGUUGGGCUACAGGGCUGCGUGCGCCGUGUCGCCCGCCGCCACCACGCUGCUGCUCGGCUCCGCGCUGCCCGCGCGCGCCGUGCGCGCGCUCGCCGCCGCCGCCGCCACCAGGCUGGCCGGCAUACAGCAGCCGCCCGAGCCCGACCAGACCCCGCAGAGAGAAGAGUUACCAUCAAUGAAGAGCAUAUGCCAGCUGGUAGAGUGGACGCAACUAUUGUGCGCCGAACGACGCUUGAAAGACUGGCUCGGCGGUCCGGGGGCUGUGUUUUGGAAACCUCUACUUAUGCUGCUGUGCUAUCCUAGACCUCAAGAAGGAACAUGGCAAGAAGGUGCCGAAUACGCAGCACUGGAGGAGAAUACGAUCCGAUUGUUCGCUGAAUUGACUGUGUGUCAUGCGGCGAACCAAAAACUGUUCGCAGCGACUCUCCAUUCCAUCCUGGAGGCAUUGCACUGUACAGGUCCAGAAGGCAUCAGCGGUUUCACGCGCGCGCUCAUCCUUCGUCUGCUAUCAUCGUCGCGCGCGACGGUGGCGCUGCGCUGGGCGGGCUCGGGGUCGGGCGCGGGCGCGGGGGGUGGAGCCGGCGCGGGGGGUGGAGCCCCGUGCGCGCCGCCCGCGCCGCGCCACCCCGCCGCGCACUGCCACGCGCUGCUGGCGCUGCCGCUGCACACCACCGUGCGCACGCUGCUCGUCGACCACAGACCCCCGCUACCUCUCAUGGACGACACUGCCAAAGUGUGCGUCAGCAACCCUUCGUCCUCCGGUUCCGGCUCCGUUCUCCGAAGCGCCUCUGACACGGCCAUUAUGACCGUAGCUGAUGCUUGGGAGUUGAGUCUCGCCGCCGCCAGCGCCUCCAAGGACAAACGCGUCAAGGACGUCAAGAAUACCUCGCUCAAACAGCAGAACAGCAAGAAGCGGCAGAGCAACAAGACUGUCGACGCCACUAUGCUGUCUGUGACUGACGAUUUGAUCGAGACGACAAUCCGAGUGCAGUGUCAAGGCAUAGAGGGUUGGAUCCCUCCGCACACGACGCUAGCUCAGCUGUCGGCUGCCGCGCCUCAUGUUUCCGGCCCUCACCUUACGCUUACCCUUCACCUCAAUACCGGCGGUGAGUCUUUCUCCGGGCCGACGUGGGACGGCGGAGGCGCGGCGGGGGCGGGGGCGGGCGGCGAGGCGGGCUGCGCGCUGCGCGCCUUCGGCCUGUGCGGCGGCCUCGCGCUGCUCGCCGCGCGCCUGCCCCGCCCGCCCGCCGCGCCCACGCCGCCCCCGCCGCCCAAGCACCACCACGACCUCGACUGGGUCAAGGUCGACGACCCCUACGAGGAGGUGGUGGAGCUAGGAGUGAGCUCAGUCAACAACAGCGUAGAAGAGAACGGUUGCAGCGGCGUCCCGGCCCAUGCGCUGGUCGCACUUGGACUACUAUUGAAGCUUGGUGGCUAUGCGUCCGCGCUGCUGGACGAGGGCCCGCGCGCAGUUCAACUAUUGAGACUGCUACUAGGAGUCACACAUGACGAGGACGGACGAAGUAUAGUAGUCGGUAGUGCCGGCAGCGGGAGCUUCUCACUAGGCACUCUACCGUUCAGAGUAGUAUCCCGAUUAUUGGAAGCCGCUCCACUGGGCACAGAUGACGGUCGCUCACUUAGACGGGCGUUGCUGUCACUUGGCGCUGUGCGUCUCGUGCUGGCUUGUCUGUCUGUGUUCACGCACCAUCGACCAGCUUCUAAUGAUAAUAGCCAAACGUCUAACGGCUCGUCACUUGGCAAGGGCGAGGACAAGAGCCAACUAUACUGGGCCAAGGGCACCGGUUUCGGCACCGGCUCCACGCAGCAGUCGUGGAAUGUGGAACAGGCGCUGGUUCGCCAACGGACUGAGGAGGAGCACGUCACUGUGCUAUUACAGGUUUUAGCAUCAUACAUGAACCCCGGCGAGAAAUGGCCGCCUGGCGAGAGCUCGGCCGCGCCGGAGUUCUCCGCGGAGUCGGAGCGCAGCGAGGGCGAGCCGCAGGAGCUGCCCGCGGAGUUCAUCGACCUCGUCGCCGGCAGCUCGCUCGUGCCCGCCAUCUGCUCCUACCUCAGGAACGACUCGGUGUUGGACAUGUCCCGCCACAUCCCGCUAUACGUGUGCGUGCUGCGCUGCGCCCGCGCGCUGCACGCGCUGCGCUCGCGGCGGCUGGCGCCCGCGCUGCGCCCGCUGCCGCGCCUGCUCGCGCUCAUGUCGCGCACCACCAACAGCUACGCCACCAAGCUGAGGAUGAGUAAAAAGAAUAUAUUCGGAAAGAUGACAUAUAGCCAAAGAUUUAGCACAUCGAGUAAUUCAGAGCUCUCGGAAGAAGAUGAGGGUCUGGCCUCACUUAUAGCUGAUAUUCAGGCGACGUCGGCGCUGAUGUGGGUGGGCGAGGGCGAGGAGGAGGGCGCGGGCAGCAGCGUGGCGGCCGCCGUCAGCGGCGCCAGCCGCGAGGCGCGCUACAUCGAGCUCAUGCGCACCAUGCAGUUUGAAACAUUCGAAAUGAUCACGGAAUGCGCCGAGAGCGGGUUCCGGUUCUCAGUGCCGUACCACUUCGAGGGCACAGUGCGGGCGGCGGGCGAGCGCGCGCACCCGGCGCGCAUGAAGCGGCUCGCGCAGGAGGCCGCCACGCUCGCCACCAGCCUGCCGCUCUCCUACUCCUCCUCCGUGUUCGUGCGCACCGACACGGACCGGCUCGACGUCAUGAAGGUGCUAAUAACGGGCCCGUCGGACACGCCGUACGCAAACGGCUGCUUCAUCCUAGACGUGUACUUCCCGGCCGAGUACCCCGCCGUGCCCAUGCUCAUCAACCUGGAGACCACCGGCCGGCACUCCGUGCGCUUCAACCCCAACCUGUACAACGACGGCAAGGUGUGCCUGUCCGUGCUCAACACGUGGCACGGCCGCCCCGAGGAGAAGUGGAACGCGCACACCUCCAGCUUCCUGCAGGUGCUGGUAUCGAUCCAGUCACUGAUCCUGGUGCCGGAGCCGUACUUCAACGAGCCGGGCUACGAGCGCAGCCGCGGCACGCGCGUCGGCUCCUCGGCCAGCCUCGAGUACAACUCCAACAUCUACCAGGCGUGCGCGCGCUGGGCCAUGCUCGACCACCUGCGCAACCCCGAGCCCUGCUUCAAAGAGGUGAUCCAAACACACUUCUGGAUGAAACGGAACGAGAUAAUGCAGACUGUGGCCAACUGGAUCACGGAAUUAGAGACGCAGAGCGGCGAUGAGCGCACGCAGCGAAGCAUCCAGCUCAACCUCAUGGCUCUCAAGCGUCACUACGUGAAGCUGCAGGAGGAGCUGGCCAAGCUGCCGGUGCCGGCCGGGCUGGAGGCGCUGGACGAGCCCUUCACGCUGCCCGCCGCGCCGGCGCCGGCGCCUGCACCACUGCCGGUAGCCGCCACCACAGCCGCCCCCGCCGCCACCCCGCCCGCCCCGCAGCCGGCCGCGGACGACAUCGACCACGACAUGGAGAAGAUCGUCGCCGACGUGCUCGACUGAUGGGUGCCCGACCCGGUCUGGCCCCCGGACCUCUCCCCUCCGUGAUAUCGAUCGCGAACGAUCGCCGACCGACCGGCCUGUGCCGGUGGACGCGUCUGACCCGCGUUUAUCAUUCGUAGAACGUUUAUAUUUGUAGUGCCCGGUUUCGUUUUUGUAGUCUCUUUAUUUCUUAAGAUGUAGCGGGACCUCUGUUUAGUUUAACACUUAUUGUGAUACUAAAAAGGGCCGCGCGCCCGGUAAGCUAUUUAAGGGGGUAUUGUGUGUGGACGCGGACGCCGCAUCGAGCCGUCGAUAGUCGUCCGAGUGCGGGGCGCGUUCGGACGAGUUGUACGAGCGCCGCCGACGAUUUUGACUAUUGUCGUUAGAUAAAAUGACCCCGCGACGCGACGAGUAUUAUUAUCAGCG